AUGGCCGACGAUUCCGAGUUCCUCAAGACCUGGACCCGAAACGGACACAUCAUUCCUGAAGGCGAGAACUACCAACGGCUUGAGUAUGCCCGGACUCUGGAGAUCAUCGGCGAGGAUCCGAUGACGCUCUAUGAGGGUGAGAUGGGCGACGCUAUUGUCAAAGCGAUCCAAGACAAGGGAGGGCUCAUGACGAAACAGGACCUUAUUGACUAUCAGCCUGUAUGGCGCGAUCCCAUCUCCUCAACAUACAGGGGCUACAAGGUAACCUCGGUGUCGGCGCCAGCGUCGGGCGCCGUGCUGCUCUCGGCGCUGGGGACGAUGAACGAGUUCCCGCUGAAGGAUCCCGGCUCGGAGCGCGACAACCACAUCACGAUCGAGGCCCUGAGGCUCGCCUAUGGCGAGCGCACGGCGCUUGGCGACCCAGCUUUCGUAAAGGACACCAAGGAGACGGAGAAGAGAAUGCUCGCGGAUCCCAAGGCCAAGGCUCAGUUCAUCAAAGACGAGACGCAGGAGCCGGAGGCGUACACUAACGAGUCAGGAGUGUCGGCGGCUACUGUGGCAGCGGUCUGCGCCGACCAGCGUGACCUGUUUUGCCAGCCGCCCAAAGCCGUCAGAAGCGCUGCCGCCAACGUAAGGCUAGGUUAG